AUGGCUUUCAAGCAAGACGCACCUCCUCCGGCUUACGGCCCUCCUCCAGGUGCUCCUCAACCCACAUAUGGCGGUUACCAGCAAGAUCCAUACCAGCAGGGCGGCGCGCCCCCUCCUCAAGGCUACUACCAGCAAGCUCCUCCUCAGAUGGGCUACCCUCAACAACAACAAGGACCCUUUCCCGCCGGCCAAGGCCCUUAUCCUCCUCAGCAGGGUCCCUACGGCCAGCCUCCCCCUCAGGGUUACUAUCCCCACGAUGAUCAAAGAGGAAACGGUGGUGGUGGCGGCGGUCUCAUGACCGGUCUUCUUGCUGGUCUCGCAUGUUGUUGUUGUUUGGACUGCCUCUUCUAA